UCAUCAGCACCUUGUCCUCUUCGGCUACUUGCAAGGUCUUUCGGCUUCAAAAUGAAGAGUUUCUGCUUAUAGGUAGCUCAAGUUUGGGUCUACAUUGCGUGGAAUUGGUAGAAAUGUUUAACAAUGUGCAAGCAAAGUUAGAAGGAAAAGGGCUAUCUUCUCGUUUGCUGUUACGAGCUGUUGUAAGGGUACUGGUUUUGGCAUCUUGCUGUUGGUAUUUAUUCCCGCAUACACCGGUUCUCCUUGCAAAAUCAAUUGAAGGAAGAAGUGCUGCUGUUUCCAAGUUGCAUUGUCAUUUGCCUGAUGAACUGUCCCUUGAAAAUGAAGAACUACCAUUGAGGUUGCUCUUCUGGUAUCUUGACCCACUAACUCUAAAGCAAGAUGUUUCAAAGAUUCUACAAGAUACCAGAGAAAGGCCUUUCCUUUGCUUGAGCGAAGAAUUUCAUCGGAGAAUGGAUUGGCAUGCUAUCAUAAUAUGCUCAGUGCUUUCUCCUGUUAUGUUUAUUGAGACGAGAGCUCUGUUGCAUAACUGGUUUCUCAGGACGGGUCUGGCUUUUGUGCUAGAGCUUCUGGUUGGGUUAGUGGUAGCAAUUUUGGAUGUAAUUUCGAGACCAACAUGGUGGGGAUUAUCUGUGGAAUUGGGAUCUAAGCUACCAUUUUCCGAUGCAUAUUUCCCAAAUCAGAACCACUUAUUGAGGAUUCUCGUUGGAGCCUUCUCUGUCGAGAACUUUAUACAUUUAACUCAUGCCACAAGUUUACACGAAUCGCUUGGUGUGGAACAACUCCGUCCAAUCAAGCCGACACCAGCAGCAGUUCGGAGCAUAGAUCACAAAUCUCUCUGGGCUUUGGCAAUAGACUUUCCAGAUUGGUUCUAUUUUGCUUCUGUUUUACUCUUCUCUGGGAAAAGUUCCCAAGAGAAUUUUCAAAUUAAAUUCUCAUUAUCACCUAAAGUCCGAGAAGUACAUGAUAAGGAAUUAUUGUCUACGUUUGCAGCAAGGUAUAUUGGAUGGAUUUUGAGCCCCACUAGUAAAUCUAAUCAGGAUUUGUUAGUUGAUUUUUUGACUAAAAUAUCCGAGUCUUGGGCUCUGAAACAGUUCGACUUAGCAACGCAAUGCAAAGAAUCUACCUUCAAGAAGAAACUUAAGAAACCAAAAGUUCAUAACAAGAGGGAGGAUUUUUCUCUGAAGAAAGAAUAUGAUUGUCAUAUGAUUGAGAUCUGGCUUGACCAAUUUGAAACCAUAUACCUUAGAUAUGCUAGUAAUACAACCAUCGACAGUUCUGCAUCUGCUGAUUUAAAUGCAUUCAAUGUUCUUCGCUUACAGCAAAAUGUUCUUUUAAGGAGAAUCCUAUUAGGCAUAUUGAUUGGUUCCCCCGGUAGCAUAACAGAGGAUGGAUGUGCACUUCUACUGCACUAUGCUGCAACUGGGAAAAUUCUUCGGCCAAGGGAAACUAAGCUCGCCGGACCAAGACAUGUAAAACAGAACUCUGAAAGGGAUGACUUAACUACCUGGAUUGAAAAAUGUGGUGACAAAGAUGUUUUAGCAGGUUCUUGUACUGUUUUUGGUUUGACAGAUGCUGUUGAUAGUAUAUCUGCUUCUUUUUUCAAGAACGAAGAGAGUGGGUUAGAUUUCAUUUACCAGGUGAAAGUAAAAUCCGGGAAGUAUUUAAUGAAGUGCAUCAAGAGACUAACCCAACUUAACAUCGGCGAAGGAGGAGUUUCGACGUUAAGGGACCUACGCAAUAGAUUGGAACUAUGGAGGCAUCAAGGGCCAGAAAUAUUACAUGUUCAGAAAGACGUAGAUGAUAUCAUCAAUGACUUGAAUCAGAAACUAUCUUUGUGAUGAAUAUAGGUUUUUAUAAAGAUGUAAAUGUUUACAAGGGGAGAGUUCUUCAAUGUUGUAAAAAGUAAAUUGCAGACAAUAGAUUGGAUCGUGUAUUCUUCGGCGUCGCAUCUAUACAGCAACCUGGUAACCUCUUUCGGCAUGUAAAUUUUUAUCAUGAGAAAAACUAUU